GAAUGGGUGAUACAUUCAUAACCUAAUCCAAUCUAAUCUAAUCUAAUACGGUCAAACUCAGCCUCCAAACGCCUUUUCCCUCAAAAAAGCAAAGCUCCCCCACACUCUCUCUCUCUUCUCUCUCUCUCUCUCUCUCUCUCUUUCUCUUCUCUUUUCACCAUAAGAAGAAAAGGAAGGGAAUUAGGGAAGACAAGGACCAAAAAUAUAAUGAAUGAGCUGGAUGGAGAAUCCGUGUGUGGGAUUCUAGCUGUAACUGAUAGUCCCUACUACUACUACUACUCCUCUCUUUCCUCCUUUCUUCCUAGGCUUCCUUUCUUCCCCAAAAGCCGCUCUCUCUCUCCCUCCCUCCCUCCCUUCUAAUUAUCAUUAUAAAUACCCCCUACUCCUUCGUUCUUCUCCGCCCACGCAUACUUCGUUUUUCUUUCUCAACUCACAUACUUGAACACAAACACCACACUAGACUAGAUGGAUUGCUACUCUAUCUUCUGCUUCUCUGCUUUUGCUUUCUUUCUUUUAUUUCUCCUCCGUCCCAUCCUCAAAUUCUUCUUGUCCCCCAAUUCCAACUCCAAUUCCUCCGACAACCCUACUCUUCCACCGGGCACCUUGGGUUGGCCUUAUAUCGGCGAGACUUUCCAACUCUACUCUCAAAACCCCAACGUCUUCUUUGCUUCCAAGCAGAAGAGGUAUGGUUCUAUCUUCAAGACCCACAUCUUGGGGUGCCCGUGUGUGAUGACUUCGAGCCCGGAAGCAGCGAAAUUCGUUCUCUCAAGAGCUCAUCUCUUCAAGCCUACAUUCCCUGCAAGCAAAGAGCGGAUGUUGGGGAAAGAGGCCAUCUUCUUCCACCAGGGAGACUACCACGCCAAAUUGAGGAAGCUUGUCCUCCGUUCCUUCAUGCCCGAAACUAUCAAAAACAUUGUGUCUGACAUUGAAACCAUUGCUACCUCCUCUCUUCAAUCCUGGGAAGGCCGCUCCAUCAACACCUUCCAAGAAAUGAAAUCGUUUACAUUCAAUGUUGCACUUCUUUCCAUAUUUGGAAAAGAUGAAGUUAUGUACAGAGAAGAUCUGAAGCGGUGCUACUACAUUCUUGAGAAGGGAUACAACUCAAUGCCCAUCAACCUGCCGGGCACACUGUUUCACAAAUCCAUGAAAGCAAGGAAGGAGCUGGCCCAGAUCUUGGCCAAAAUCCUCUCAACCAGGAGGCAGAUGAAGCACGACCAGAAAGACCUGCUUGGAUCUUUUAUGGGUGACAAAGAAGGCCUCACCGAUGACCAAAUUGCCGACAACAUCAUUGGUGUCAUCUUUGCCGCCCGCGAUACUACUGCCAGUGUCUUGACAUGGAUCGUCAAGUAUCUGGGUGAAAACCCAAAUGUCCUUGAUGCUGUCACUCAAGAGCAACAAUCCAUAAUGAAGAGAAAAGAGGAAUGUGGCGAAGACAAGGCUCUGACCUGGGCUGAUACAAAGAAGAUGCCAAUAACUUGCCGAGUUAUUCAAGAGACUCUUAGAGUCGCUUCUAUUUUAUCCUUUACCUUCAGAGAAGCUGUUGAAGAUGUUGUAUAUGAAGGGUAUCUUAUACCGAAAGGAUGGAAAGUUUUACCACUAUUCAGGAACAUUCAUCACAGCCCAGACAUCUUCCCAGAACCCGAGAAAUUCGAUCCUUCAAGAUUUGAGGUUACUCCAAAACCCAAUACAUACAUGCCGUUUGGCAAUGGGACCCACGCAUGCCCAGGGAAUGAAUUAGCUAAACUGGAGAUGUUGGUCCUUGUCCAUCAUCUAACCACAAAGUACAGGUGGUGUACAAUGGGUGCAAAGAAUGGGAUUCAGUAUGGCCCUUUUGCUCUUCCCCAGAACGGUUUGCCCAUCAGAUUGUCUCUCAAGAUAUAAACACAUAUUGAUAUUGAUAUCCCAUCAGAAAAAUCAGACAUCAGUUUUCUAAAUAUAGAAAAGAAUUCCCUAUAAUGGAAGGAAAAGGAGAAAGACAAAGUCUUCUUUUUGCUUUAUUUGAGAUAAGAAGCCAAGUGUACAGAUGCGUGUCCCUUUAUAUAUAUAUAUAUAUAUAUUAUAUAUGAUAGUGUUAUCAAUUUAUUGUUUGUUUUCUUCUAGAGCCUGAGAAAAACCAAGAAGAAAAGAAAGAAAGAAAGAAAGAAAGCAAAUAGAAUACCUCAAUGCCCAGCGGAUGCAUGGUGUAUAUAUAUAUAUGACAUUUUAAAUUUUACCAAAUUUCCAGUUAUAUUCA